AUGUCAAUCAUGUGGAAUCAACUAGCGCUUAUGGAACCUAAAUGGACAACUGAUGCUGAACUGUGGCAAAAGUAUAAGGAAGAAUCUCGUCUUGUUAAACUUUUAAUGGCACUAAGAGAUGAGUUUGAAUCUAUAAGAGCAUCAAUUCUUCAUAGAAAUCCAUUGCCGACUGUAGAAAGUGCAUUUUCUGAACUUAUUACUGAGGAGACACGUAAAAGAAUCAAGGCAGACAUUCCAGCAGUACUUGCAGUACCUUCUCGUUCAAGCACUAAUCCAAGUUUCAUUUUUCAGAGAAACGUCUCAAUUCCAACUCAUCGUGAUCUAUCUCAAGUACAAUGCCACAACUGUAAUUCUCAAAGUUUAAUUGUGCAAGGUUCAACACCACCACCAGGCACACCACAAUGCAACUAUUGCAAGGAAUUUGGACAUAUGGUAGGAAAAUUUACUUAUCCAUCCUCAAGAAACAUGAUAAACAAGAGAAGAUUCGACACUACUGCUCCAUAUUAUUAUUCAUCAGCCCAUAUUACUGCUGCACCAGCUCUAGAGAAAGCACAUGAGUCACCAAACUCUACGCUAAACAAUCUUGCAGCUACAAACAAUUUGGCAGACAUUCAAGAGAUGCUGAAACAAGCCCUUGCAAUCGGUAACAAUACUACAGUAGCAUCUACUUUUUCAGUUCCCUCAGGUACAUUUUCAACUGAAUGGUUUCUUGAUUCAGGAGCAUCAAAUCAUAUGACCUAUAACUCAAACCUGUUUGAGAAAAUGAAACCUAUUAUUACUCCUAAGAUUCAUACAACAGAUGGGUCGGGGAUUAUUGAUACUCAUAUUGGUUAG